AUGAAUGAGAUGUCAAGUUUCCUGCACAUCGGGGACAUCGUCUCCCUGUACGCCGAGGGCUCCGUCAAUGGCUUCAUCAGCACUUUGGGGCUGGUGGAUGAUCGGUGCGUGGUGGAGCCGGCUGCUGGUGACCUGGACAACCCGCCCAAGAAGUUUCGAGAUUGCCUCUUCAAAGUAUGUCCCAUGAACCGUUACUCUGCCCAGAAGCAGUACUGGAAGGCCAAGCAAACCAAGCAGGACAAGGAGAAGAUCGCGGAUGUGGUGCUGCUGCAGAAGCUCCAGCAUGCAGCCCAGAUGGAGCAGAAGCAGAACGAGACAGAGAACAAGAAAGUGCACGGGGACGUGGUGAAGUACGGCAGCGUCAUCCAGCUCCUCCACAUGAAGAGCAACAAGUACCUGACGGUGAACAAGAGGCUGCCAGCCCUGCUGGAGAAGAACGCCAUGCGGGUGACGCUGGAUGCCACCGGCAACGAGGGGUCCUGGCUCUUCAUCCAGCCCUUCUGGAAGCUGAGGAGCAACGGAGACAAUGUAGUCGUGGGAGACAAAGUCAUCCUGAACCCUGUCAACGCCGGGCAGCCGCUGCACGCCAGCAACUAUGAGCUUGCAGACAACGCUGGCUGCAAGGAGGUGAACUCGGUCAAUUGUAACACCAGCUGGAAAAUCAACCUUUUCAUGCAGUUCUGUGACCACAUGGAGGAAGUGCUGAAAGGGGGGGACGUGGUGAGGCUCUUCCACGCCGAGCAGGAGAAGUUUCUCACCUGUGAUGAGUACAAAGGCAAGCUGCACGUCUUCCUCCGCACCACCCUCAGGCAGUCGGCCACCUCUGCCACCAGCUCCAACGCCCUGUGGGAGGUGGAGGUGGUCCACCACGACCCGUGCCGAGGGGGAGCCGGGCACUGGAACGGCUUGUACCGCUUCAAGCACCUCGCCACGGGCAACUACCUGGCAGCAGAGGAAAACCCAAGUUAUAAAGGAGACGUGGCUGAGCCCAAAGCAGUGCCCACGGGUGGCAGCAGCCGUGCCAGCCGCAGGAACACCGGCGAGAAGAUCAAGUACCGGCUGGUGGCCGUGCCCCACGGCAACGACAUCGCCUCCCUCUUCGAGCUGGACCCCACCACCCUGCAGAAGACAGACUCCUUCGUCCCACGGAACUCCUACGUGAGGCUGCGUCACCUCUGCACCAACACCUGGAUCCAGAGCACCAACGUGCCCAUCGACAUCGAUGAGGAGAGGCCCAUUCGCCUCAUGCUGGGCACGUGCCCCACCAAAGAAGACAAAGAAGCUUUUGCCAUCGUCUCGGUGCCCGUGUCUGAGAUCCGGGACCUGGACUUUGCUAACGACGCCAGCUCGAUGCUGGCCAACGUGGUGGAGAAGAUGAACGAAGGUUUUCUCAGCCAGAAUGACCGGAGGUUUGUGAUCCAGCUGCUGGAGGACUUGGUGUUUUUCGUCAGUGAUGUCCCCAACAAUGGCCAGAACGUGCUGGACAUCGUGGUGACCAAGCCCAACCGGGAGCGGCAGAAGCUGAUGCGGGAGCAGAACAUCCUAAAGCAGAUCUUUGGCAUCCUGAAAGCCCCCUUCAAGGACAAGGGCGGGGAAGGGCCCCUGGUGAGGCUGGAAGAGCUGUCUGACCAGAAGAACGCUCCCUACCAGUACAUGUUCCGGCUGUGCUACCGCGUGCUGCGGCACUCCCAGGAGGACUACCGCAAGAACCAGGAGCACAUCGCCAAGCAGUUCGGCAUGAUGCAGUCCCAGAUCGGCUACGACAUCCUGGCCGAGGACACCAUCACCGCCCUGCUGCACAACAACCGCAAGCUGCUGGAGAAGCACAUCACCAAGACAGAAGUGGAGACCUUCGUCAGCCUGGUGCGCAAGAACCGCGAGCCACGGUUUCUGGACUACCUCUCAGACCUGUGUGUGUCCAACCACAUCGCCAUCCCCGUCACCCAGGAGCUGAUCUGCAAGUGCGUGCUGGACCCCAAGAACAGCGACAUCCUCAUCAAAACCGAGCUGAGGCCAGUGAAGGAGAUGUCCCAGACCCAUGAGUACCUGAGCAUUGAGUACUCUGAGGAGGAGGUCUGGCUCACCUGGACGGACAAGAACAACGACCACCAUGAGAAAAGCAUCCGGCAGCUGGCACAGGAGGCCCGGGCUGGCAACGCCCAUGAUGAGAACGUCCUCAGCUACUACAGGUACCAGCUGAAGCUCUUUGCCCGCAUGUGCCUGGAUCGCCAGUACUUGGCCAUCAAGGAGAUCUCCCAGCAGCUGGGUGUGGACCUGAUCUUCCUCUGCAUGGCAGAUGAGAUGCUGCCCUUCGAUCUCCGGGCGUCCUUCUGCCACCUCAUGUUGCACGUGCACGUGGACAGGGACCCCCAGGAGCUGGUGAUGCCCGUGAAGUUUGCGCGGCUCUGGACCGAGAUCCCCACGGCCAUCACGAUCAAAGACUACGACUCCAACCUCAAUGCCUCACGCGAUGACAAGAAGAACAAGUUUGCCAGCACCAUGGAGUUCGUGGAGGACUACCUCAACAACGUGGUGAGCGAGGCGGUGCCCUUCGCCAACGAGGAGAAGAACAAGCUCACCUUCGAGGUUGUCAGCCUUGCCCACAACCUCAUCUACUUCGGCUUCUACAGCUUCAGCGAGCUGCUGCGCCUGACACGGACGCUGCUGGGCAUCAUUGACUGUGUCCAGAACCCCCAGCUGAUGAUGCAGGCAGUCUACAACGACGAGGUGACAGGGAAGAACGUGCGGAGAUCGAUCCAGGGCGUUGGGCAGAUGAUGUCCACCAUGGUGCUGAGCAGGAAGCAGUCCAUCUUCAGCCCUCCAAGCCUCAGUGCUGGCUCUGCCCCAGAGCAAGUGGACAGAGAGAGGAGCGUCGAGAACGAGAACAUUGUGGUGAUGGAGACCAAGCUGAAGAUCCUGAAGAUCUUGCAGUUCAUCCUGAACGUGCGGCUGGACUACAGGAUCUCCUACCUGCUUUCUGUCUUCAAGAAGGAGUUUGUGGAAGUCUACCCCAUGCAGGACAGUGCAGCUGAUGGGACGGCUCCAGCCUUUGACUCCACAACUGCAGCCAUGAACCUGGACCGGAUCGGCGAGCACGCAGAAGCCAUGUUUGGUGUGGGGUGA